AAUGCAGCACUCCUGGUAGUUUCUGCGCCCCUGCAGCAGCGGUCCAGUCAGCGCGGUCUGAAAACGGAAUAUAACGGGGACAAUGCCCGUGGAUCUGAGCAAGUGGUCCGGGCCUCUCGCCUUGCAGGAGGUGGAGGAAAAGCCUGCGAAGCCUUUGACUGUUAAAUAUGGCUCUCUGGAGAUCGACGAGCUCGGCAAAGUUCUCACUCCAACGCAGGUGCAGAAUCGACCCACCUCUAUUGAGUGGGACGGAUGUGACCCCAGUAAACUGUACACUUUAGCCCUGACUGAUCCAGACGCUCCCAGCAGGAAAGACCCCAAAUUUAGAGAGUGGCACCACUUUCUGGUGGUCAACAUGAAGGGGAAUGAUGUGUCCUCUGGCUGUGUCAUGUCUGACUAUGUGGGCUCUGGUCCUCCCAAGGGCACAGGUCUGCACAGGUACGUGUGGCUGGUGUAUGAGCAGCCGGGCAGCCUGUCCUGCUCCGAGGCCGUCCUCACCAAUCGUUCUGGAGACGGCCGUGGCAAAUUCAAGCUGCAAACUUUUAGAAAGAAGUACAAGCUGGGAGCCCCUGUGGCGGGUACCUGCUACCAGGCAGAGUGGGACAGUUAUGUGCCUAAACUUUACGAGCAGCUGGCUGGAAAAUAAGCAAGCAAAGACUGCAAGCAAGUGUGUUUAGUAGCAGAAAAAUCCCAUGGUGUUCCUCCACUGGAAAUGCUCUAUUCAUUUAAGAGAGAGAGCACAGUUUUGUGCCACUGUAAGAUUUUUUUUUAAAAUUGUUACAAGAAUGACUCCUCCUCAAAAUGAAGUCACCUGUUCUAACCUGCAAUAAACCAUUGAAUCAG